GUGUGAUUUACCAUGGAAAAAUUGCUCUGCAGCAUCCUGGUGUUUGGAAUGGCUGUCAUGGUCAACGCUUGUCCCAAAUAUUGUGUCUGUCAGAACCUGUCUGAGUCUCUGGGGACUUUGUGUCCCUCCAAGGGUCUCCUAUUUGUACCACUAGACAUAGAUCGAAGGACCGUUGAACUCCGACUUGGGGGCAACUUUAUUAUUAACAUCAGCCGACAGGAUUUUGCCAAUAUGUCUGGACUUGUUGACCUUACUUUGUCCAGGAACACCAUCAGUUACAUACAGCCCUACUCUUUCACUGACUUGGAGAGCCUUCGAUCUUUACAUCUGGACAGCAACAGGCUACCUGACAUUGGAGAGGAUAUUCUGAGAGGCUUAAUUAACCUUCAGCAUUUGAUUUUAAACAAUAACCAGCUAAGCAGCAUCUCUGAUGAAGCCUUUGAGGAUUUUUUACUGACACUGGAAGACUUAGACCUUUCCUACAACAACCUCCGAAGCAUUCCCUGGGAAUCUAUAAGGAAGAUGAUAAACUUGCACCAGCUCAGUUUGGAUCAUAACCUGAUAGAUUACAUUACAGAGGGGACGUUUGCAGAUCUUCAGAAAUUGGCCAGAUUGGACCUAACAUCCAACAGACUUCAGAAGCUCCCCCCCGACCCUAUAUUUGCCAGAUCUCAAGCAAUUCCAUUAGCCGUUACCCCGUUUUCUCCACCUUUAUCUCUCAGCUUUGGGGGCAACCCACUGCAUUGCAACUGCGAGCUAUUGUGGUUAAGGCGACUUGACAGAGAUGACGAUAUGGAAACUUGUGCUUCUCCUCCAGGUCUAAAGGGAAGGUACUUCUGGUAUGUACGGGAAGAAGAAUUUGUUUGUGAGCCUCCUCUUAUUACACAACAUACUCACAAGUUGCUGGUUUUAGAAGGGCAAACUGCCACACUGAAAUGCAAAGCCAUUGGGGAUCCCACCCCCAUCAUUCAUUGGGUGGCCCCUGAUGACCGACUCAUUGGGAACUCUUCGAGGACAGCUGUCUAUGAGAAUGGCACGUUAGAUAUCCUCAUCACCACCUCCAAGGAUUACGGGACUUUUACAUGCAUAGCAGCCAAUGCUGCUGGAGAGUCCACUGCAACAAUUGAGCUCUCAAUUGUUCAGCUCCCCCAUCUCAGCAAUGGCACAGGCCGAGCAGCCCCACCGAAAUCCAGACUUUCAGACAUCACCAGCUCCAGCAAGUCUAAUCGUGGGGAAACAAAAGGCCCACCAGAAAGGUCUGUUCUGGUGUCAGAUGUGACCACUACCUCAGCUUUGGUCAAGUGGACAGUGAGCAAGUCGGCCCCUCGGGUAAAAAUGUAUCAGCUGCAGUAUAAUUGCUCAGAUGAUGAAGUCCUGAUCUACAGGAUGAUUCCAGCUACAAACAAAGCCUUUGUCGUAAACAACCUUGUUUCCGGAACAGGCUAUGACCUCUGUGUCUUGGCAAUGUGGGAUGACACGGCCACGACCCUUACCGCCACCAAUAUUGUGGGAUGCGCCCAAUUCUUCACCAAAGAAGACUACCCUCAGUGCCAGUCGAUGCACAGCCAGUUCCUGGGUGGGACCAUGAUUCUGAUCAUUGGGGGCAUCAUUGUGGCAACUCUUUUGGUAUUCAUUGUAAUACUCAUGGUCCGCUAUAAGGUCUGCAACAAUUCACAGGGGAAGAUGUCUAACGUCAGCAAUGUCUACUCACAGACCAAUGGAGCACAACCAGUUCAGAACGGAGUCUUGCCCCAAGUCAAUCCCAAAGUGGUGGUGAGAAAUGAACUUAUGGAGUUUAACUGUCAGUCUGCGCGGAGCAGCAUCUCCUCUUCCUCCAGCUCUGCAAAUAGCCGUAACUGUGAUGACUAUAGCCUCCAAAGUGAACAGGGCACAUUGUCCAGUAAGUGGAGGCCUCCUUCCAGGUCAAAACACAAUAUUGACCGGCUAAUGGGAGCUUUUGCCUCCCUGGAACUGAAAUGUCAGAAAAAGGAGGAGAUGACAGACUCCAGAACUUCCACAGUGGCCCGCCACUCGGACAAAGAGCCACUGCUGGGCGAGCCAGAGUCCAAAUUUCGCAGCCUCCUCAUGUUGCCUCUAGAGGGCAAAACUAAACGUAGCCAUUCUUUUGACAUGGGGGACUUUGCUACAUCUCAGUGUUGCACCUACCCAAAAAAGAUAACAAACAUUUGGACAAAGAGAAGCCUCUCGGUGAAUGGCAUGUUGUUGCAGUAUGAUGACAAUGACCUAACAGGGGCGAAGGGGACUUUUGGGAGCUCAGAGUGGGUAAUGGAAAGCACGGUGUAA